GACCGAAAUCAUCAUAGUCUCAGCGACACCGUCAUUUUUAAAUAUUCAGACGUUACGAGCUCAGAAUUCUAUAGAGAUAGUGCAUAUGCGAAUUUUAAAUAAACCGUUAUAAGAGAAUUUAUAAUGAGCAGUAUAAUUAAAUUUAACAACAGUUAAAACAUAUGUGAGAUAGCUUUACAAUUUUUAUUGAAAAUGCAGGCGUUGAGAUACCUGUUUUGAUACAUAAACGUGUAGCAUGUCAUAAAUAAGUCAAGACACGUUAAGAAGAGGAAAUUUUUCUCCAUCUCUGCAUCGUAUUAUAGAUAAUUGUUUAUUUUUUAGAACAAGUGUAUUUUACUUUAAAAAUAGCUAAUAUGUCAUCAGAAUAUCAAACAUGGAUAAGACAUAUUCAAGUGUUGAAUUUCAACAGUGUUUUAAAUAGUUUACAGAAUUUGGUAAUUUGCAAAAACAACGAUGAAAGUAACAAAUAUCUAUUCAAGAUACUUUUACAUUUGGCCCACAGUGCAGAUAAAUGUAAGAAACAACAGCUAUCCAAAGAAAUUGAAAUAUUCAAAAUUACUAAAAUAAUUUGUGAGAAUCUAUCGAUUGUAUCUGACAAGGAUAAGUUUUAUAGCGCAAUCUAUUUUAUUAUUCAAUACCUUUUAAGCAAACAAUAUUUCGAAGAAGCCAAAAUUAUAUCCAGUUAUUUAUUCCCUGGAAAAAUAUUAAGUGCCAAUAAUUCUUACAAGACUAAAGAAUAUUAUCAGAUUGUUACGUUAUGGCAAGUAGAGUUAUUUAAGAAGUUAGACUUAAUAACAACAAAUAAUAAUUCUGAAAAAGCGAUUCUAAAUGAUGAGUUUCUCUUUUGUUUAAAGUUUCUCCUUCAAAUCUUAGAUUAUUGUGAUGAAAAUGUUUGCUACACUUUUAAAAUUGCAGAGUCAUUUAUAAAAAAGUUAAUCAAUAUUCCAAUGUUAAUAGCCUUUCCUAGUGUGCUACAAAUAUUCCAACAUUUGUCAAAUUACUUUACAGAGUUAAAAAAAUAUCCACUUAUCAAUGCUUAUCAUUAUAUCAUUUUCAUGUUUGGUCAAAUAUUUUUGAAAAGGAAUGAUUGCAUUAAUAAUUCAGAUAAUUUGAGCUAUUUUCGCCAAAUUGAUAUCUUAUUCAUAGAACCAUUUAAAAGCUCUCCAGAAAUAUACCAUUGCUACAAAAUUUUUAGAGAAUUUACAAUCAACCUAUUCGAAACCAAUUAUAUGUCAAAAGAUAUUGGUAAAAUAAGGAUUAAAAAGUGUUUUGAUAGUUUUGAAGCUGUAUUGCAGAAAUAUGGAAAAGAUAAUAAAUCCUUGACAGAGACUCUUAUGGCUGUAGCAAAUAGCUUUGAAACUUUAUUUGGCAAUUUAGAAGGUUUAGUAGCAAAACAAUUAAUGGAUGUCAAUAUAACGUAUGAUGAUAUAGUAUACAUAGGUGAUUUUGUAAAAAAAGUUUACAGUAUAUUGAGAAAUCGCAAACUUCCAGUUAACUAUUCAUGUGCAUCCUGCUCUGAUCCUAAUGCUUGUAAAGUGAAAACAGACAUGUACAAAGCAUCAAUUACAACUUUUACAUACCUGAGAGUUAUCAGUAGAUGUAAUAAAACUUCUAUCAGUGAAAAAAUGUUCUUAUUAGCUAAAGAUUUAUUGGAUGAAAUGGUUUCAGUAUUUAAUGAGCUGGAACAAAUUGGCUGCAAAUAUUCUGUAGCUCUGUGGAACUUAUGUGGAAAGAUGAUUUUCAAUAUUGGACUUAUAACUGAAUCGAAGUAUCCAGAAGAGCUAGAAAAUCUAUAUAAAGUGCUAUGCAAACAAAUUGUUUGUUUUGAUGGAUUAGAUAGCAAAAUUAGUAGUUUUGGAUUGCAAUAUCCAGUUAGCACAGCACUAACUCGAUUAUGCAAUUCCUAUUUCAAUAGAGAAAUAUAUAGAAAAGCCAUGUUUUACACAGCUUAUAAUGCCCUUGUUAGUAUCAAUGAGAGUAAAAAAAAGAAAGCAUGUGACAUGUGGGCCACUAUAAAGCUGAAAAACAUAGAUUCUGUAGAAAUACAGGAGCUGACUAUGAUAAAAUGUUUGAAAACAGAUGCAGAUAUAAUUAAAGAACUUGGUAUUACAGUGAACAUCCAUCAAUACAACUUAGCAGAUUUAUGUUUGAGAGAGCUCAAGUCAUUGUUCCCAGUUCAGAGUAAUAUAAUAAUAGCGAUGAAAAAAACUUUGGAAGAAUUAGAGUCUGUAGAAAACAGUUUGUAUUAUGGCCAAGGCGUUCUUUUAUUAUCCUUCCAUGCGUUGCAAUUCGAAAAAAGAGAAAUAAUUUCGGAUUAUAUUUUAAAAGCCAUUGUAAAGCUGACAAAUUCAAAGUCAAAAUCAUUCAGCUCUCAAUGCAUACUUGCCAACUUGAAUUUCUUUAGAGUUCUGGAAAAAUUGUAUGUUAGGAAACAAGCCAUUACUGAACAAAUAGAAGAUGCCAAUUUUACUGUCAAGGCUUUUCAAACAUUCAAGAGUAAACAAGAAAAUGAAGAAGACUCGGAAGAAAAAGAUGAAAUUGUACCAACUUAUGGUGGAAUUAAUAUUGAAGAGGACAAUAGGUGUGCAAAUGAAUUAAGAGAAGUUUUGAGUAUAUGGGACAGUUGUUUCCAAAAAAAUCUUAGUUCAGUAGUAAAUGAUUGGGAGCCUAAGUUUACUUUGGAAACUAUCAUGAUAUGCGGAGAGUACUGUAGACUAUAUAAGUUCAAUGAUGUUGAAGAAAAAACGUGGAGAUUGGCUUAUAAACUGGCCACAGCAUUGCAAGACUUUACAACCUGUGUAUAUGUAACUAGUCGAUGUUUAUCUUUAAGAUGCAUUAAUGAUAAGUGGAUUUCUGAUGCUGAGAAGCAAGUUGAAAAGCUAAAACAUUCCACGAAAAUUCCUGAUACCGAUUCGGUAACUUUAUUUUGGUUGAGCUUAGCAGAUUUCUAUCUGGAUUGCAAAAAGAUUAAAGAAGCAAAACAGCUGUUAAAAAAAGUCAAAGUAAUGCCGAAUUUUGAUAUUCUUGGGAACUAUAAGUUAUACAUCUAUUACGUGGACAUUCAAUUCCGCAACUUCUACAUUCUCAAUGAAAAAGCUAGUCAAGAAGAUUACUCUAAUCUACUAGUUCAAGCUCACUAUUUACUGAUAAGUUUGCAUGAUAUAAUAGCUAUAGAUCCACGGCGAUUCUGGACUGUUAGGAAUCUAUUAUUUGUAUGCGAGCAGCUGUUUGAAGUGAAUAUUAACAUUAUCAUCCCUAUGGUUAGUCUUUUGUCAUUCCGCGAGAUAACUGCACACAUGACUUUCGGACUGACACUCGCGCAAAAAUACGGUUUUACCCUCAGGAUAGCACAAUAUUUGAAGUAUUUUUGUUACAUCGACCUUCUUCGAUUACACGCGGAAAAUUGCGAGACGCGUCUGCAGGAUCUCGAGCAUAUUCUUUGUUUGGAAAAUUUCAAAAAAUCAAUGAAUACUAAAUUCGCAAAUAUGAAGAUCGACCCUAAAAUAAGCAACACAGUGACAUUUCGCGAAGCUGUUCACGAUCCCGUAAGUUUAUCAAAAAAUAGCGCCUCGCCAGAACUGAAGAAAAAGCUCUUCACUCUGCCAGAGUUUCUACGUCAUACACCUCACUGUCAAUGUUUUAUCUGUAAUAAUAUCAAUUACCAAUAUCUUUCGUUCUCUUGUGUACAUAUCCGCGCGCAGUUGUACAGUUUGCUUAAGUACAAGCGAGAAGCGGAACAAUAUUUCCAUGGAGCUUUCAAGAUUAAAUCGAACAUUAACGAAAGAGAUUUGGAUACGCAUAGACAGUAUAAAAGUUACAAGUGGUGUCGACAUCAGAAUAUCAUCGUCGAUUUUAUUUGGUAUUUGUUGGACUUUUCUUUGUAUAUCGUUGACUUUGAGCCGGAGGAUAAAGACGAUGCUCUUGCUUUGAUUGAAGAAGCUCUUAAUGUUGCUUCGCAAAACGAUUUGGAUAAACAUUGUAUCACUGUAUAUGCGACUGAACUUUACUAUCAGCACUUUGUUUACAAUCUUCCACAGGAUAAGCUAUGUAAGUACACAAUAAUUGAAAAUUCAACCGACAUACCAAUCACCAUAACGAACCAACCAUCAACUGGAUGUGUUACACCAAAACAGCACAUAGAGAAGACUGCUCGUAAUCCUCGUCGUCGCAAGACUCCACCAGCCGUUCCCAUAGUCAAUAUCGUAGACUUGAGUGACGAAGAAAACGAUAUUGGUAACUCAUUAUUGCCAAAAUCUCCACCGAUCAUCCAGCCAACCAAAACUCGUACUAGAGCACGCAAUGUUCGCAGAAAAAUUCUCGUAGAUGAAGUUGACGAUAAAGAAGAGACUUCAAAACUAACGAGGACAAGGAGCAUGAAAAGUAAAGAGAAAGAGGAAGAAACGAAACCUACAAGAAGUAGAAGUAUGAGGCUGAAAAAUUAGAUGGAUCACUCGAAUAAUUAGAGAAGUGAUUCAUUGUGAUACUAAUAGAUGCAAACGUGUGAUAAAAGAGCUUCAUGAAAGAAGGGUUUUAUAAGGAUUAUUUAUUCAGAUAUUUUUUGUAGUUUACGUUUCAAAAUCUGUGAAUAAGCGUUGAUUUUGAAAUGUUAUUAAUGGAAAUACUUUUUAAUUGCAUAAUUUUUUUAUUCAUAUGUGUUAUUUGUCAAAUGAAAUAUUUGAUGCGUACAUACAAUUCUAUACAAUAAUGAUUCUAUCGAACUGUUUUGUAAAUUACUUUUUGAAUAAACAUUUAUAUG